AUGUAAUUGAUAAGAGUGAUAUUAGUGUAUAAAAAAUUUAUCGUUUUGUCUUGGACUUUGUUAUAAGAAAUAGUAUGCUAGGUUUUUAAAAAAAUGUUAUCAUCUUUGAGAACGGGGGGAAUAUUUAAACUAUAAAUCAUGUUUGAUUUACACUUUAAAAUGUGAUCCAGUUAAAAAUUAAACAUUGGUUGAUAUAAUAUAAGAAUGAAUAAUUUUACUGAUAGACUUAUAUGGUUUCUACAGAUUUCAGACUUACAUCUGAGUAUAUUUCAUGAUUGGGGACGAGUUACAGAAUUAAAGGAAUUUUGUGAAUUGACUGUUGAUGCUAUAAAACCGUCUGCUGUAUUAGCCAGUGGUGACCUUACUGAUGCUAAAAAUAAAAAUGGAAUAGGCUCAACCCAAUAUGAAAAAGAAUGGUUAGCAUAUCAUAAUGUUUUAAUAUCUAGUAAAGUGUCUGAAAAAACCAAAUGGUUAGAUAUUCGAGGAAAUCAUGAUAGUUUUGAUGUGCUAAAUGAAUAUUCAUCCAAUAAUUUCUAUAAAAAAUAUUCUAUUCAAGGCAAGAAAUACUCUCGAUCAUAUAGUUAUUCAGUUACAAAUCAAGCAGGAAUGAGAAUAAAAUUUAUUGGUGUUGAUGCUUGUUUAGAACCUGGAAUAAAAAGACCAUUUAAUUUUAUUGGAACUCUGAACUCUUAUGAAAUAAAUAAUUUGAAAAAAAUGAUAAAAAACAACAAAGAUCCUGUUAUUUGGUUUGGUCACUAUCCAACAUCAUGCAUUCUUGUAGAAGGAAAUGAAACUAUUCGGAAAAUAAUUGGCAAAAGUUCUAAAUCAAUUGUGUAUUUAUGUGGUCAUUUACAUACAUUAGCUGGAUUAGUACCAGAAAUGUAUACUAUUCAUAAAGAAGGGUUUGCAGAAUUAGAAUUAGGAGACUGGAAAGAUGGAAGAAUGUUUAGGUUAUUGGCAUUUGAUAGAGGAUCGCUUUCAUUUACUGAUGUUCGACAUGGAAAAUGGCCAGUUGUAUUAAUUACAAAUCCUAAAAUACCAUGGUUAUACGUAAAUUCCGUAGAAACACUUGAAGAUCAAAUUAUGAAUAAUAAAUUUAUCAGAAUAUUAGCAUUUUCUCUGGAUACCAUUCAAAAUGUUUUAGUUAAGAUAAAUUCUGAAAUGGAAUGGAAAAAUUGUAUUAAUGUGGGAAAUAAUAGUCCUAUGUAUGUAACUGAAUGGAAUGCAAAUCAAUACAUUCAAGGAAUUCAUACUAUUCAUGUUAGAGUCGAAGAUGUACAAGGAAGAACACAUGAAAUUAGUCAAUCCUUUACUUUAGAUAGUAACAUUUCUAUAAUAAAAAAUUUCGCACAAUGGCCUUUAAAUUUAUACUUUCCAAAUGUGCUUUUGACUAUAUUUAUGGCUGCAAUUGUAGCAAAUUGUUUACCUCUUUUAUUUUAUCGAUUUAUUAGCAAGUGUACAAAGUAUCACAUUAGCUACAGUACUCAAAGAACCUUAAUAAGCAAAUAUUCCAGAAAAAUGGUUUUAUUGACAAGCUUAAACUGUAUGUUUUAUCCAUUAACAAUAUAUUCAAUUAUUCUAUGUCUAGGACCUUGGGCUGUUGGUGGUUUAUUAACAGAUAGUAUUGGGUGGAUUUUUCCAUGGGGUAUUUAUAUCAAUGGAAAAUUUAUCAAGGAUCCUCUUACUUAUGCUUAUGGAUUUGCACAGAUAAUUACUUUUCAGUUACCUUUAAAUUGUAUACUUGGUCAUCACCUGGAUAUUAAAAUGCAAUCAAUGGUUAACAUAAAAUUUUCAUUUUUUACAUCUCCUUUUAUCUGUGUGGAUGUAAUAUUUUUUUUGUUAAUGGCUUGGCAAAGUUUAUGUUGUCUGUGGUUCUGGGGAGCAUAUGGUUCUAUUGCUACUAUUUUUGGUCCUCUAAAAACAUGGUCCAUAUUUGUCGCACUUUGGCUUUGGAUUCAAGCAAGAAAAAUUUCAGUAAAAGAUAUUAAAAACUCUCUUGGAAGUAUUGAAAAACUGAAUAAUAGUUGAAUAAUUCUUUCUGAAUUUGAACUAAACAAUGAAGACUUAUAUUCUAGGUACCUAUUUUAGUUAUACAUAACAUAUUGAACCAUUUUAAAAUUAUAGUAUUUUAUUUUAAAUGUAAAAUUAAAUUGUACAUAUAGUUUUUUAUUAUUUUGAUGCAUUGUAUAGAGUAAUAUUGAAAUUCUUCAAGUUAGUUUAACUUUGUAUGUUUUAUUAAUAAUGAUUUUAAAACUAUCCUCUUUUAUUAUUGUGAUAUUUAUUUUAUUAUUUUUGUAUAAUUAGCACCACCAAUUUUUUAUUAUGUAACUAUUAUACCAAAGUGUGAUAUCUAUUAUGUUAUCUUAAAAUAUUUAAAAUUGUUACGUUAAAUAAUCUCUAGUGAUUUUUAGUUAAAUACAUAUUAUUACCCACUACUAAAUUGUUUAUUAGCUUCGAUGAGAACCUGAGUUUAUUCUAGCUGAACCUAUCAUAGUCAAAAUGAAAAAAAACCUUCAAUUUUAGAAUUUUAAAAAUUAUGUCUAAAUUACGCUACCAUUAAAAACAGCAUUAUA